CCCGAGUAACGACAUAACUUGCGACUCACUACGUCUAAGUGUGUCGAUAAAAAUUUAAAAAAAAGAAAAAAGAAUUUCGGGGUCGCCCACAACCUUCCAUCGUGUUCCUUCAUAAAUUUGAAAUUAGUGGUGUGAUAUCGAUAAAUGUUUGUUAUUCGGGAGCUUUUAUCAAAUUAAAAUUUUAAAGCCCCAAUAAAGCCACCAGCUUCGAUUCGAACCAAUUAAUAUACCUGCUCAAACAUCAAAGAUUAUAUCAAUUCAGCUGCCAGUUGGUUUGCUUUUGCUUUUUUGGUGUUUUGUGUACCGUAAAUCUUAUACGGCUGUGUAUUUUAGUCACAAUCUCUUUCAGCAACAAAACAACUCUCCGUGCCGUCUUCGUCACCCUUUGCGUCUCCGUACUACGUACUCCGUGGCUUAAGCUCUAUCAUUACUGAAUCGAAUUCGAAUAUAUUAAUGACCACUUCCUUGUGCUGGGCAUCAAAAAUAGUUUCUCGCCAGUUGGAGAAGCAGCACGUCAAUCGGCAGUGCGUGUACUUGUACUAAAUAUAAACCCUCCAUGCCAACUACUCGUACCAACUGCGAACGGAAUUUUCCUCGUUCAUACACUUUGUCUUGUGCUUGUGGGUUUGGAUUGUGGUGAUAAAAUAUUGUUGCUUACGUUUUCGUGUUUCGUCUCGAAUGAUGGUAUCAAACGCUUAAUAUAUCUCGCGGCAGUAAGAAGUGAAUCGUGUUAAAUUAAAUUUAAAUUAAAAUCAUAUCAAAUCAAAUCAUUCUUGUGUCUUGUUUCGAGCUAAACUGUUUUUUGUUGCGUAGCUUGUGACAUUAAGGAGCAGAUUCAAAGUCAAACGAUUCUGAGCAUGCUCUAAAUUUUGGAAGGACAUAUACCUACCUACUCCUUGGCGCUUUUCCUUUUGCAUAUGACAAUAACUUUCGAAGGGCAAACGGUUUAUUGCCACCCGCACAUUAUAAGCUUUAAUAUUCACAAUAAAACUCUCUUCAAGUCUGGUUGUCUUUUCAAUACUUACUUUUGCUCGAUUUUUUAAAAGUUAAACAAAAACAAAUAAGAAAAACUGCUGCUGCUGGGAGAUUGCAUUGUCUAGCAAUAGAAAAUAUUUAAAUUUCAUGUUUUGUGUUGUGUUUUCUUUUAUUGUGUAAAUAUAAAUAAUAUUCUCUUGAAAGUACCUACGUACCUACCUAAAUAUACAUAUCAAUACCUACCUACCAUACCAACCUACCUACGUAUAUCUUUAAAACUUAACUUAAAACAAAAAUGUCUGAAACAAAAAUGAUUGAGAGCACAGAGGAAAGCUCACGGCUUUUGGAAACCACCAAUCCGGAGAGCUAUGGAGUCCGACAACCGGUUAAAUUAUCCGUUCAGGAACAGGAAAACCUACUAACUAUGGUCAGUGGAGAAAAUAAAUCGCAAACGUUUCGCCAAUAUGUGGCGGCCUUGGCUGCUACUGGAGGAGCAUUGGCGGCUGGUGCUCUUUUGGGUUGGACAUCUCCGGCUCAAAAAGAAUUAAUCAGCCCCAACUAUACGAUCCCCUUAACUCCCGAGCAGUUUUCAUGGGUUGGUUCUGGUGUGACUCUAGGAGCGGCUUUUAUAUGCAUUCCAAUUGGAUUUUUGAUUACGAUUAUUGGACGAAAACUAACUAUGUUGCUAUUGGUACUUCCUUUCACACUUGGAUGGGCUUUGCUUAUUUGGGCACAAAACUUCGAGAUGAUGUUCAUUGCUAGAUUCAUAUUGGGUAUAUCUGGAGGCGCGUUUUGUGUAACGGCGCCUAUGUACACGGGAGAGAUAGCCCAAAAGGAUAUACGUGGGACAUUAGGAAGUUUCUUCCAACUUAUGAUAACCAUUGGUAUUCUAUUUGUGUACGCCCUUGGGGCAGGAUUUAAUGUUUUCUGGCUGAGCAUCAUCUGUGCUAUGAUCCCGUUGAUUUUCGGAGCCAUUUUUGUAUUCAUGCCAGAGUCUCCAACUUAUUUGGUAAGUAAAGGAAAGAACGAAAGUGCUGUUAAAUCUAUUCAAUGGCUUCGUGGUAAUCAAUACAACUACACCGCUGAACUCGAGGAACUUAAGGAAAUCGAUGCCCAAAUCAAGCAAAAUCCAGUAUCAAUAAUGUCGGCUUUAACUCGCAGGGUGACAAUAAAAGCUUUGAUUAUAAGCUUGGGUCUUAUGUUCUUCCAACAAUUGAGUGGAAUUAAUGCUGUAAUUUUCUACACAACUGACAUUUUCAGGGAUGCUCAGACUGGAAUUGAUGAAAAUUUGUCUACAAUUGUUGUUGGUAUCAUGCAAGUUAUUGCCACAUUUAUUUCUGUUAUGGUUGUUGACAAACUUGGCCGCCGAAUUCUUUUACUGGCUUCAUCUGCUGUUAUGGCUAUCUCUACCGUCCUUAUGGGAGUGUAUUUCUACAUGCAAAGCAAUGAUAAGAGUUCUGUGGAUAACCUUGGAUGGUUGCCAGUAGUGUCCUUGUGUGUCUUCAUUGUUAUGUUUUCGAUUGGAUUUGGCCCAGUCCCAUGGCUGAUGAUGGGUGAACUCUUCGCUUCGGACAUCAAAGGUGUUGCUGGAUCAAUUGCUGGAACAACAAACUGGGUCUUGGCAUUCAUUGUAACCAAAGCUUUCUUGAGUCUCAAGGACGCGAUAGGUUCCGGAGAGACAUUCUGGUUGUUCUCAGGUAUUACAUUUGUUGGCUUCAUAUUUGUUUACUUCUUCGUACCGGAGACGAAAGGUAAAUCUUUGAAUGAAAUCCAAAAGUUAUUGGAGGGACAAACUAUGGAAAACACAACACACACUGAAAAGUCACCACAAUAAGCUGCAACUAUAAGAUAGAGAAAGAUAAUUCCGCUUCCACAAUGAGCCAUUAAAAUUUUAUGUUUAUAUAGUUCUUUUUUUUUUUGUAAAAAGAUUGAAGCAAACUAUACAAUAGCUAGUUUUUAAGCGCCCAAUGGCUUCAUGUCAUUUGUUAUUGUUUUUAUGGAUUUUAUUCGAAAAGACAAAUUGUUUGUUGAUGUUUCACUAAAAUAAUGUUGAUGCAUACACUCAUACAUUCAGCUCCAAAUUUUACUAAAUGUUUGAGCUAAUAACUUUUAAGACUGAACGUCAGAAUUAUUGUUACCGAAAUUCCCCAAGUUUUAAUUAAGAUACAAAACGAAAAAGAAAAGGUGGACACUUAUACAAAAUAUUAUAUUGAAAAGAAAAGCAUUUAGAAAUCAAUAUGUAAGUUAACUUAACAUAUUCAAUAUGCAUUUACUAUAAUUAUUUUUACCUUACACGAAGUAACAAAAGCAUUUUCUGGACGUGUUUUAGAAAAAGAAGAUGUGCAUAUUUUUGUAGAUAAAUGAAAAACGUAUUUUUUGGAAGUGUGGACCUGGCAAACAAACCAAAUAUUAUAGCCUAGCCUAUUAUGUAUACAAAACUCAUUCUGAUGCGUUGUUUUUGUAUUGUGAAAAAAUUGUAACAUGAGUAUUUUUAAGUGACUUAAGUCUCUGUUCUUGUAACUAGUUUAAAUUUACAUGUUUAAGUUUUGAUUAAUUGAUUAAUGUUGAUAAUUCACAUUUAAUUACUAUUUAAAUCUAAAGUUAAUUUUCUUGUAUAAAAUCGUUUUAAUAUUUUAAGAUUUUUAAGCUAUAAAUAGAUAUUUUAAUUAGUCAAAAGUAAUAAUAUUAUAAUAUAUAUAUAUACACACACAUUGUAAUGUUGUUAUGUAUCUCUCUUAAAUAAAAAUAUUUAUCAUUUUAUGUAAA